CAACAUUUUGCUGAGCAAACAAGUUGUCUUCUGUUAAUCUUGUCAUUUUGUUCUCUUAAGGAUGAAGUCAAUCAAAUAGUAACCACCAAUGUGCGCCUGAAACAGCAAUGGAGAGAUGUAAAUUUGAAAUGGAAUCCGUCAGAUUAUGGUGGUGUGAAGCAAAUUCGCAUUCCGUCAGAGGAUAUCUGGCGUCCAGAUUUUGUUUUGUAUAACAAUGCAGAUGGAAUUUUUGCUAUCGAGCAGUUCACCAAAGUACUUGUGAACUAUACAGGACACAUCACAUGGACGCCACCAGCCAUCUUCAAAAGCUAUUGUGAAAUUAUAGUCACCUACUUCCCCUUUGAUGAGCAAAACUGCAGUAUGAAACUGGGCACUUGGACUUACGAUGCCAGUGUGGUUGAAAUCUACCCGGAAACCAACUAUCCAGACUUGAAUAACUACAUGCCGAGUGGGGAAUGGGCAAUGAAAGAUUACCAAGGUUGGAAGCACGCGGUGAAGUACAAAUGUUGCCCUAAAACGUAUCUUGAUGUUACCUAUCAUUUUGUACUGCUGCGUUUGCCUCUCUACUUCAUUGUCAGCGUCAUUAUUCCUUGCCUUCUCUUCUCAUUCUUGACUGGAUUAGUAUUUUAUCUACCCACGGAUUCAGGGGAGAAGAUGACUCUUAGCAUCUCUGUCCUACUUUCUUUGACUGUGUUUCUUCUCGUCAUUGUGGAGUUGAUUCCUUCAACUUCCAGUGCUGUUCCCUUGAUUGGCAAAUACAUGUUGUUCACCAUGGUGCUUGUCAUAACUUCUAUCAUCAUUACUGUCAUAGUGAUCAAUAUCCACCAUCGCUCACCCAAUACCCACACUAUGCCACAGUGGGUGAGAAAGAUAUUUAUUGAAACAAUUCCAAAUGUUAUGUUUUUCUCAACAAUGAAACGCCCAUCCAAAAAUAAGCAGGAAAACAGGAUUUUUACGGAAGACACAGAUAUAUCUGAAAUCUCAGGGAAACAAGAACCUGUGGCUAUGAAUUUCCAGACAUCACUUACUAAAAAUCCAGAUGUUAAAAGUGCAAUUGAAGGCAUCAAAUACAUUGCUGAGUCAAUGAAGUCAGAUCAAGAAUCCAACAAUAAUGCUGCAAAAAUGAGGUCAAGAGGAAGAUUAUGUAUAAU